GUCAAUCUGAAGCCAAUAUGGGCCGGGUUAGGCCCAGUCUCGGAGGAUAUCCAAGAGAAACACUGGGAAAGGGAAACGCCCUAAAUAAUCCUGUCCGGAACUAUUAUAUAAAUAAAAAAUUUCGGCAAGAAUUAUUCAUGAUUAUAUGUUUUAGACUGAGCGUCGAGAGAUGAUGACGUGGCAACCUGUUAUUGGUUUGCACACGUUGCACGCUCGCAGCGGAGGGGUUUUCCUUUUCCAAGUUCUUUUCUCCUCAGUCGUCUCGUCCAGUCCAAUUUCCUGAACGGACAAAGGUUGCUCCGAUUUGCCACUGUGAUUCGAAGUGAAUUGUCGAGAUAGUAACGAGAAAAGAAGAUGUUCCCGUCCCGAUCGUUGUCGCUGCCACUCCUCGCGGCGGUUUCAUUGCUUUUCUUCGCAUCCAAGCUCUGCUCUGCACUCUACAGUGCGUCGACUCCAGUAGUUCAGCUCACUCCUUCCAACUUCAAGUCCAAGGUUCUAAACUCCAAUGGAGUUGUUCUGGUUGAGUUCUACGCCCCUUGGUGUGGCCAUUGUCAAGCUCUUACACCAGCGUGGGAGAAAGCUGCCACAGUCUUGAAAGGUGUGGCCACCGUGGCAGCUGUUAAUGCUGACGAACACAAGGGUCUUGCUCAGGAAUAUGGAAUUCAAGGUUUUCCAACAAUAAAAGUGUUUUCUCCUGGCAAGCCACCUGUUAACUACCAAGGAGCUAGGGAGGCCAAACCCAUUGUGGAGUUUGGGCUCCAGCAGAUAAAGGCGCUUCUCAAGGAUCGGUUGCAUGGAAAAUCAACCAGUGGUUCUAGUGAAAAAUCUGAACCAAAUGCCUCAGUAGAGUUGAACGCUCGCAACUUUGAUGAGUUGGUGAUGAAAAGUAAAGACCUCUGGAUUGUGGAAUUUUUCGCACCUUGGUGUGGACACUGUAAAAAAUUGGCUCCUGAGUGGAAGAAGGCAGCUAGUAAUUUGAAGGGGAAGGUGAAACUGGGUCAUGUUGACUGCGACUCAGAGAAGUCUUUCAUGAGCAGAUUUAAUAUUCAAGGAUUUCCAACAAUCAAGGUAUUUGGUGCCGACAAAGACAGCCCAAUGCCGUACGAGGGUGCUCGAACAGCCUCAGCUAUCGAGUCAUUCGCGCUGGAGCAGCUGGAAACAAAUGUUGCACCUCCUGAAGUAACUGAGUUGACUGGCCCGGACGUCAUGGAGGAGAAGUGUGGUUCAGCUGCCAUCUGUUUCGUGUCAUUCUUGCCUGAUAUCUUAGACUCCAAGGCAGAAGGCAGGAACAAGUAUCUCGACCAAUUAUUAUCAGUUGCUGAGAAGUUCAGAAGAAGCCCCUACAGGCAAGCAGUCAAACUUUAUUUCUAUGUCUGGGCUGCUGCUGGCAAGCAACCAAAUCUUGAGAACAGCGUUGGUGUAGGUGGGUAUGGGUAUCCAGCUCUGGUUGCCUUGAACGUGAAGAAAGGAGUCUACGCCCCGCUUAAAAGUGCCUACGAGCUGGAAUACAUCAGAGAGUUCGUUAAGGAAGCAGGGCGCGGCGGAAAAGGAAACCUGCCACUGGAAGGAACACCAGAGAUCGUGAAGACCGAGCCAUGGGAUGGUAAAGAUGGGGAGAUCAUCGAAGAAGACGAGUUCUCGCUCGAAGAGUUGAUGGGUGAGGAUUCCGGGAGCAAAGACGAGUUGUGACCGCGAAUAGACGAAUCUUAAAUCGGCAGUUUUGGUGAUCAGACACAGACUAGUCUUUACUCUUUAGGUGGAAGUUAGACAUGAUGGGAGAUUAUCAAUAUAUGCAACCCGUUCUAGCCAUUGAUUUUGAGCGGCUAUAUAUGAAGAAUGGCUUGUUGUUAGUGAAGGUUGUGUGUGACUCACUGUUGAAGUGGAAUUAUACUGUGGUCAGUAAAACUACGCCACCCCACCAUUUUCACAAUCCAAUGCAAUUGAAGUUACUGCUAUUCUGUGGAAACGUCGUUUGUCAUGCAUAUGCGUUGAUCCGGCAAACACCAUCAACAUAAUUAUACCGGGCCGCUAUUAAGCCUUGAGAUAUUUCAC